UUAAUGUAAUACUUAUCAGUUAGUCAAAUUCUCGUGUCAACAGAGCCACUCCCAGGUGACACCACAAACAUGAGAAUCGCCACAGCGUUGUGCUUUUCGGCUGUACUUUGUACUGUCUAUGCGCACAAUCUACAAGCGAAUUAUUUAGAUAAAACGGAGCUAGAAAUAAGAGCCACGAUAUGGAACGUGGAAGGUAUUAUACAGAAUAUUAACCGUGUUCGUACCGAGAUUGAAGAGGAUACUAUUUUGACAGCUGCAAAGAAAGGGUGGGAACAAAUGAAUAAUCACAGUGAAUUUGUCACUCUGUUGCUGCAGUCGAUGCGCAGAGAAGUAAAUGAUGCUAAGCAAUUUAAAGGUGUAGAUGCUGAACAUUGUUACAAGACUAAUUCCUGGUCCGUAAAGGAGCAUAGUAACAAAGCAUACAAAGAUGCUACGGAGUGUCGAGAAAACGUUGAAACUGCCAUCAAAAAAAGUCUCGGAUUUCUUGAUAACUUUGUAUCGGUUGGAAACGAUCUGCUGAAUCAAUUGAAUAAUAUCUACGUGAUCUGUCACGACGAAGAUGAGUCUAAAAAACAAAGAUGCGUUCUCGAGGAGUACGCACAAAUUAAUAAGGCCGUGGACCAGUUUGAACGGAACGCUGGUUCGGAGAACAUCAAGAACAGUGUAUUACCGGUAUCCGACAACAUCGUUCGGAAUGCCGCCAAAUGUCUGACCGAUGUCUACGUAGUAGCACGCUUCGAAAGUUAUGGUGCAAUGUUGUCCAACUCCAGAUGCGUUCGUGAAGCUGUGGAGAAAAAUUAUAAACAAAGUUUUGAACUUGAAGAAAACUAGUGCAUUUUCGUCGAUUACGAUUUACG